AAUCUGAGGCGGACCGCGUGCUGUCACUUGCCAGGGCGAGUGGCGGUGGCGGCGGCGUGCGGUUUACGGAAUACCUCCCAGUGGAAGCCAAAGAGACCUGGUGGGAAAGCUUCGGUUUGGUGACACGAGGAUCGACGGGAAGGCGUGCAAACAGCCCCGAGGCACGGGGAUGCCUUCCCUGGGUCUCACGGUGCCGAGAUCAACGCUGGGCUUUUACUGCCACCAGAUGAUCCGCCAAGACGAGCGACUGUGAAGAUCUGUCAGGAAAAUAUCGUCAGACUUCUUCUUCACGCUUCAACAAAGGAGUGUUUGAAGAAAAAAAAAGACGUUACCAUUUAUACGGCACCACUCGACCAUGGAGCGACCGUCAGGAAUCCUGUGUGUGAUGCUGCUCAUGUGUGACGGCAUCUAUGCGGGAAUAGUGUUGAGUCACAGAGGUGCAACGAGUGCCACGUUCGUGGAGGGCUUGUCGCCGGUGCGCGUGUUCAAAGGAGAAGUCACAGUUCUUGACCAGCGAGGGACAAUGGCAUACAUACAGGCCUCCAUAUUGAAUGCAGUGGACGGGCAGGCAGAAGUCCUCUCCACGGGCCAGGACGGCGGGCCCGGCGUCCCCUGGGUGCAGUCGUCCGAGGGCACGCUGACCCUGCUGGAGCUGAACGGAGCCCACGCUUACCAGAGGGCCCUGGCUGCGCUGACAUACGCUAACCUCAAGCACAACCCGGACCCUCGGCCACGCCACGUCCACGUCAUCGCCGUGCGGACAGGCGGUCGCGUUAGCGCUGCCCUCAACACCACGAUUCUCAUCCGGCUCACGAACCGCUCGCCGUUCUUCAACCACGGACCGCUGCACACGCUCUACACAGUGGAGAACGCCAACAAGUGGAGCCAAGUCCCACACACCGUUCUUGGACUCUUUGGUAGCUUAAUUAACGACACGGACACCGGGGACCAGCUGGGCAUCGCCAUUGUAGGGGCCGACAACAGCCACGGACAAUGGGAGUAUCUCACGUGGCCCGGCUCCUGGAAAGCCAUGUCGGAGGGGAGCUCCGGUCCGGAUAGGCGACUCCACCGGAGUUCCACGCUGCUCCGGCGCUCUGUGGCGCUAAGAGCCACCUGGGGUAACUUCCUGCGUUUCCUGCCCGCGCCACACUUCAAUGGCAAUUCCACAGUCAGCGUCGUCGCGUGGGACAGCACCGGACACACUGCCUCAGUCCCAGAUGGAGGGAUGGUGAACGCCACAUUUGUGGAUGACUCUUGCCCAUUCAGCCGCGAGAUGCUCACCAUCACCAUGGUGGUACUCUCGGUCAACGACGCCCCAUGGGUGUCCCCCGAGCCGCUGUGGUUGAGCACAGUGGCGGAGGACUCCCUGGCACCCCCAGGGGACCCCAUCACACUGUUACUCGACAUUUGCCGAGACCCCGAUGUCACUGAGCCUGCGCAGGCUCUCGGCGUCGCUGUCACAGAUGUGGAGAACACCAACGGCCAAUGGGAGUACAGUGCGGAUGGUGGGGGGACGUGGCUAGCGCUGGAGUCAUCGCUGGCGCUCAUGGACGCGAUGCUUCUGGGCGAGGAAUGGUCCAAUGAACUCUACCGCCUGCGCUUCCUGCCGCGCCUGCACUACGCCGGCAGGGCCUCGCUCAGGUUCAAGGCCUGGGACUUCACAGAUGGCCGCAAGGCUGGCACCCGUGGGGUGAACGUGAAGCUGUACACCCCAUUUGGAGCCUACAGCCAGUGGGAGGGCACGGUGCUCGUUCAAGUGACCCCAGUGAACCACUCGCCGAGCCUGGACACCGCGGCGCUGUCCCUGGGCCACACGGAAGAAGGAUCCACAGGAGGGGAAGGCACGCGCAUCCGCGAUUCCAUCUGGGGCCACUGGUCCGACCCGGACCCUAAGGAUGACCGCGGAGUGGCAGUCGUUUCCGUCGACAACUCUCACGGUCGCUGGCAGUUCUCCUGCGACGCCGAUGAUCGCGAUGAGCCACGGCGGUGGACGGAGAUCGGUGGCACGUCUGUGGACAACGCCGCCCUCCUGCUCGUUUCCUGCGCAGUGCGUUUUGUGCCGAAGCCUCUCUUCAACACAGAGCUGGAUCUGAACGGGGAUCGAAGGCCGCACGCCGACAGGCCCUCACUGGGUGUCCUGGCGUGGGAUAACACGGGCCGCAGCGCAGGCAUGAGUGGCCAGAGCGGCGUCAACAUCUCCUACUUCAACGAGAGCAACAACACGGAGUUCGGAAAGGUCGUUGUUUCGGCAUACGCAACAGUGAAAUCUGUCAACGAUCGGCCCGUGAUUAAAUCUUCCAAGCCAAUCAAGUCUGUCAACUUUUAUGUAGCUCACGGCCCUUCUCCAGUGUUUUUCAAUGAUCUUUUACUUUAUGAUUUGGACAGCAAAUAUAUGAUGUCUGUCAGGGCAAAAGUAAGAUACGCACCGGCAACAAGCCCAGCUGAGUGGGACUGUCGAUCAGACGGCCAGCACAGCCAUGAAACACUGAGUGUGAAGAAGACCAUCCCUCCUGCCUUCUCUGUCAAUGUUCUUUCAUUGUGCCCAUACAGCAUAGAGAUAGUGGCCAGGGUGGAGGCCAAUGGCAGGAAAGCCAGUGCCUCCGAGUACACACAAAUUCUCACGAACCUACAGUACAACAACACAUCACCACGGCCAAGCCUUGCCCAAAGGUACAUCAGUUUGCAGGCAUGGGAUGGGGAAGACUGGAGUGACACGCUAGAAAUAGGUCUCCAUAUAAAAUGGCUCCCAACCCAGAUGUUGCUUCUGAAUGACCUCAUAUUGAACAAAAAGGUGUCAGUCAUGCCAGUCAUGAACGUUACCCUAUUGGAAGGCUCUGAAGUGUCGGUUGCUAUUGUACACGAGCUCGCCACACAGAUGCCAAACCUGCAGCCUCAGCACAUUCAGAUCCUUCCAGAUGGACUCAAUAUAACAAGGGUAAAGUACGACAUCUACUCUGGAAUAAUCUCCAUCCAAGGGGUAUCAGGUCAGCAUGGGGUGGAGAAAAUGCACUAUGCGGUGGACAGGGAUGGCAAUGGAGGAUACAUAUACGGAAUAUUAGUCAUCAGUGUUCUGCAGGUGAAUUACUCACCAGUGUGUGAAAGUGCCACUUACGAAGUAUUAGAAAACAGCCUGCAAGUCAUAGACAUGCAAAUGUAUUUCAGUGACAGGGAUCACGCGGCAGAUGAGCUCACGUUUAGUCUGGUUAUCAGCGGCGGAAUAAUUCAACAGGAAAACCUCACAUUGCCUUCCGGAAGUCACGUUUCGAGCAAUGGGAGAGCGUCACUGGUGUUCAGCCCCGCCAAAGGCUACGUGGGCCCAGAGCUCAUUCAGUUUAUGGUCUGUGAUCCUUGCGCCGAUCAGGCUUUGUACAUUAAGUCGGAGCUCCCAGCGCCGUGUGAACGAGAGGCAAACCAAGUCAGAGUUCAUCGCAUGUCUGGCCUCCAGGCUAGUGGCACCAGACCGGGGUGUGGGAUGGGCACACUCACAAUACUGGUGUUGAACGUCAACAACCCUCCAGUAAUUCGGCCCCUGUCGGCAAUUGUGCUCACACAUCAGAGCACCACCUUUCAGCUGUUCAGCUGGCUCUUUUACAACCAGUCUAAGGGUCACCUUUCCACACCAGGAAUGGUGCUGUACGACCCCGAUGAUGCCCAGGCUCAAUUUGUUUUAGGUCUCGGCCUGAACCCGAGUGAUUACGGCUUAAGCAGCACGACGGACCUUGACGUUACCUCCCUGAUGCUCACAGAGACUCCGCAGUUGGGAGUUGUAAAGUUGGAAGAUGAGGAGGAGCGUCCUCUUUUGAAGUACACAGCAUCAGCAGGUAGUGCAGGAUACGACUGGUUCACUUUCAGAGUCUGCGAUAGGACGUCGGCAGGAAAAAAGCGCGCCUGUGCCAAGGGCAGUGUCUCCAUUCAGGUCACCAACCCAGGCCCCAGUAUUGUGAGUUUCACAGCGAUUCCCGCACUAACCAAAUCUAGCGAAAACGCCGCUCUGCACUCCGAUUCAAAGAUCUCAAGCGGAGACAUGAUGGUUGUAGAAUUUGACAUGGACACCAACUUACCGCCUCUGCAAAAAAGAGGAAAACUUGUUUCCAAACAAGACAUAGAUAAAAUGUUUAAUCUGUCAACCUGCUGGGACCCUGCUUUGUCAGACUAUGUUGGCACAUGGCUGUCACCAAAGCAGUUUGUGAUCGUCGUGCUCAAUGUAACUACUUCAGAGUUCAACAGCAAUCGGAUAGACCAGUGCUUGGUUACAGUCAGAGGGGACGUGGGGCAAUGCGGAGGAUUUGUGAAUGAUGAUCCUUUGCCAGCAUCUGGGUGGUCUCCAUAUUGUCUGACAACAACGUCUAUGUCCUCUGCUCACACCGUCUCCCGGUCCCCACCUUUACAGGGCUCCUGGGGUUUAACCAUACCCAAAGUCACAGGUGUUGUUGUGCAAAAUGACCACGUGCCACUCUCGCUGAUCGUGUCUGGAGGUCGGAGUUACUUAGGGAAGUUCUCCAUGAUCACAAUCGCAUUGCAACCGCCCCUCUCCGAGUCGCAGUUACUGGAGUUCUGCAAUGCAAACCUGGGUGACAUUGUCGACAAAGAUGCAAUCCUUCAAGCUGGCUUUGUUGUCAGAAAACUGCAAUGCUUGAAUAGACAUGAAGAUGUGACUGUGGGGUCCUCAAAUAUACACAUGGAUUCGAAUUCUGUGCUGAAGAGCACAAAGGCCUCGGGUGGUUUGAAGACAUUUAAAGAGAUAUCAGAUUAUUUCGAGAACUAUCAAAGCAACGUGACAUCCAUGCCAGUGUCAACAGACUUAACGUUGUUCAUUGACUCAUCCAACGGAUAUAAUGUAGAAUAUUCACAGUCCUAUAAUUUAUUUAAACGCAUUAUACGCAAUGACUUUUUAAUCAACAUAGUUUCAAAAGACACAAGCGUUCAUGUAACAGAGUUUGUAAAAUAUAACGAACUACACGCCAACAAUCCAAUUGAACUCUAUUUUGCGCAUUUUAGUGAUGCAACUCCAAAGGUAACAAAAAUUGACGUGAAUGAUGCUCCAAUUCCAGUUCAUGACUUUUUCAGUAGAGGCGACAUCAUAACGAUUGAGUUUGACAGGGAUACUGAUACGCCACUCGUGUCUACUCGAAAGGAGCUCGAUAAAGUGGUCAAUUUCAGCACCGUUAUCGGGAAGGACUACAUCGGCCAAUGGCUCAACAAGAAGGUGUUGCAGAUCAAGAUCAAAGACAGCAUCGAUCAGCCACAUGGGCCCGUUGACGUAGUCAUGAGCUUCAGACGAAGCACUCAGAGCCACUUGCGAGAUCCUCCUGCCGUUUCGAAGCAGCUGCUAAACUGCGUCGGGGUGAACGUGUGCGGGAGCCAUUCCGGGGCGUCUGUCGGCGUGUGCGAAGAACGGCAGCUGUCCUGCAGAGCCGAGGGCACGUUCAACAUCGCUCAAGCUGCGGGCGCGGCCAGGGUCACCUCCACCCACUGGUGGUCGUACGCCGUUCUGACGCUGGUACUGGGACUGCUGCUCAACACGCUUGUGGUUUUGUGGAUUUUCUGCUGCAAGCGCAAAUCAAAAAAGGACCCGCCGAGGGAGAGGGCAAACGGCGAGCGCAAGGCAACGUCUGUGCAGCGGGCGUCUCCCGCGGAUCGGGGCACAUCUCCCGUACAAGGUCAGAGGACGAGGGACUCGACUAGGCAACAAAUCGGACAGUUGGGAAGUACCUCCCCCGAAUCCUCACGACUGCUCCGAGAAUGUGUAUUUGUUGACCUCUCGGCAGAUGACCCAGCCAAUAUCCACAGAACUCUACUCAAGCCGCACACUAAAAUGCUGCUUGAGAAUGACAAACUGUAAUAAGUGGCAUAUGCUGGCAUAUUACCACUUCAUAAUCAUUAGUGAGAUGCCCUUUAGGUGAUUGUGCUAUUUUAUAAUGGAAGUUUUUUUUCUCCAAAUACUGUACUGUAUGUAAAAAAUGUAAGCAUGUGGUGUAUGUUUUGAUGCUGCUGUUAUUUUGAAUGGCGUUACAUAAAUACAUCUUAUAGUAUUUUUAUAACUUAAAAGUAUGCAUUUGUUCUUGCCAUAUUAGGUUACUUAUUUUCUGGGUGGUUUUCACACAUCCACAAGUUAUUGUUUUGAAAGCGAUGUUAUAAUUUAUUCUUGCAGCUGCUGUCGGAAUCAUGUACAUACCUGUAUAUUCUCAACAACCUUUGGUUGAAAUGACUUACUAUUUGUACCAUAUUGUAUCAUAGUAAUUGCAUGAUUUAGAUUUACUAUUUUAUAAGGACAGUUAGUUACAUUUAAUAUUUUUGAAGGUAAAUUGCGUGUUUUUUUAAAGAAUGGUAAAUAAAGUUUUGCAGUAAACCCA